ACGGCUCAUUUUGAGCAGUCGCUCGUCGAUUGCAUUCAGAUUCUUUCAUUUUAGCGUCUUGCUUAUAAAAAGCUUUAGAGACAGUUAUUUAGAGACAGUUGCUGAGUUGCAUGCGGAUUUAGCUCCGACACAACUCAUUGGUGCUCCAGCCCCCUGGACAAGUGUUGUGUGCGCGCGCGUGUGUGUGUGUGUGUGUUGUUCUUUUUUUUUUUUUUCUUUUUUUUCUUCCUUCCUCGUCUUGCACAGCUUAAUGAUGGAGAGGAUAAGAAAAGAGAUGAUAUUGAUGGAGAGAGGUCUGCACAGUCCCGUCGCAGGGAAGAGGCUCGCAGACACGCCUGGAAAUUCAGUGCUGGAGGCCCUGGAAAACUCUCAGCACAGCGGACGGCUGAGCCCGAGAAUAACUUCGGCUUCUCUCCAUGGAAAUCUUGGGGACAUCCCGACGAAGGGCAAGUUUGAAAUUGACAGUCUUUUCGGUACACACCACGGCAGUGAGAAUACCUCCUCGGCGGAAAUUUCAUCGUCAGAAAGCAGGAAGAAAAUGAGCCUUUACUCCGAAGUUUCGCAAGAAUCAGACAUUAACAGUGAUGUGGAGGUGGGAUGCCCAGCGCAUCGCUCCCCGAGCCAGCACAAGGAAAACAACAAAGGUUUUUCAGACAGUAAUUCUGGAUCUUCAAACACAAGCUCAAACUCCCUCGCGAACAUGAACGGUAAUUCAACGGGAGGAUCAAACAAUUCAAACACCGACCAAGUCAGAAGGUAUCGGACUGCUUUCACCAGGGAACAGAUCGGACGCCUGGAAAAGGAGUUUUACAGGGAAAAUUACGUUUCCAGGCCGAGAAGAUGUGAAUUAGCCGCAGCGCUGAAUCUGCCCGAGACUACAAUUAAGGUGUGGUUCCAGAACAGGCGGAUGAAGGAUAAAAGGCAGCGUUUGGCGAUGUCCUGGCCCCAUCCAGCAGACCCCAGCUUCUACACUUACAUGAUGACGCACGCGGCAGCUACAGGAAGUCUACCUUACCCUUUCCACUCGCACAUGCCUCUACAUUACUACCCGCACGUCGGUGUCACGGCAGCAGCAGCCGCGGCCGCCGCCACCGGUGCAGCCUCGUCACCUUUCGCCACUUCCAUCCGCCCCCUCGAUACCUUCCGAGCGCUCUCCCACCCUUACUCACGGCCAGAGCUUCUCUGCAGCUUCAGGCACCCGGGACUCUACCAGUCACCCGCAGGCCUGAACAGCUCCGCGGCGGCAUCAGCGGCCGCGGCGGCUGCGGCAGCGGCUGCGGCGGUCAGCGCGCCGUCAGCCACCGGGCCUUGUUCGUGUCUGAGCUGCCACAGCAGCCAGGCGGCGAGCGCGCUGGGCUCCAGGAGCGCCAGUGCUGACUUUACCUGCACAGCUUCGGGGCAACGAUCCGAGAGUGGAUUUUUGCCGUAUUCUGCUGCUGUUCUCAGCAAGACCUCAGUCCCGUCACCAGACCAACGAGAAGAAACUUCACUUAACAGAUAA